UAUUUAUAGCGCUGGGGGGCCGGCCCUCCCCACAUUGGCAGCCGUGCUGCAAUGUCAUCCUCGGCCUCUGCGGGCACUAGUGCCGCUGCCUGCCGUGGGCGGACAGAGGGCCCAGAUCUCCGCGGCGGCGGCAGCGGGGACCCCGGAGUGAGGGGAGGGGCUGGCAUGGGCAGCACCAUGGAGCCGCCCGGGGGUGGCUACCUCCACCUGGCCGCGGUCACCUCCCCGGUGGGCACAGCGCGCCUGCUGCAGCUGGCCUUCGGCUGCACCACUUUCAGCCUGGUGGUUCACAGGGGCGGCUUCGCGGGCGUCCAGGGCACCUUCUGCCUGGCCGCCUGGGGCUUCUGCUUUGCGCUCUCGGGCCUGGUGGUGGCCUGCGAGUUCACGCACCUGCACGGCUGCCUGCGCCUGUCCUGGGGCAACUUCACUGCCGCCUUCGCCAUGCUGGCCACGCUGCUGACCGCCACGGCCGCAGUCAUCUACCCGCUGUACUUCACCCGGCUGCAGUGCCCACCUGAGCCCGCUGGCUGCACGGCCCGGGACUUCCGUCUGGCCGCCAGCGUCUUCGCCAGCCUCCUCUUCCUGACGUAUGCCGCUGAGGUGGCCUUGACCCGAGCCCGGCCGGGCCAGGUGGCCAGCUACAUGGCCACGGUGUCCGGCCUUCUCAAGAUCGUCCAGGCCUUUGUGGCCUGCAUCAUCUUCGGGGCACUGGUCUACGACAGCCACUACGGGCGCUACGCGGCCACCCAGUGGUGUGUGGCCGUCUACAGCCUGUGCUUCCUGGUCACGGUGGCCGUGGUGGCCCUGAGCGUGAUGGGCCACACGGGCGGCCUGGGCUGCCCCUUCGACCGUCUGGUGGUGGUGUACACCUUUGUGGCGGUGCUGCUGUACCUCAGCGCCGCUGUCAUCUGGCCUGUCUUCUGCUUCGACCCCAAGUACGGCGAACCCUGGCGGCCAGCGGCUUGUCCGCGUGGCCGCUGCCCCUGGGACAGCCAGCUGGUGGUGGCCAUCUUCACCUACGUGAACCUGCUCCUCUACACCGCCGACCUGGCCUACUCCCAGAGAAUCCGCUUCGUGCCCACGCUGUAGCUGGGGCCGGCGUCCAGGCGGUAGGGUGGUGAGGUUGGGCACAUGGGGGGACCAGGAGGUGCCAGGGAGACGGAAGAGACGCCCCAGUGGGCAGGCCGUUGCUGAGGCCUCUUGGACUUCUGACAACCUCCAGGGGCUUGGCUGGAGAAGGGACUCCGAGGAGGGACACCUGCGCAGGACAGAGGAGGGCAGAGACGGGGCAGAAGGGCUGGAGGCUGGAAACAGGGAGAUGGGAGGGGGCUCAGGCAGCUCUAGUUCUCGCUCGGUUUCUCUGGGUCCCCUUCUCUGCCUCCUAGUCCCCACUUCUGUCUCUGUCCUGGGACCUUUCUCCCUUCUCCCCCUCCCUCUCUCCUUCCCUUGCCUGGUGUCUCUCUCUCACUUCCUCUUCUCCACUCCCCACCACCUUCUGCCUCCCACUCUCCCCACCUCUCUCUCUCUCUCUUCCCCCACUUCCGGCCCCUCCCUGCACUAGGAUGGGCUGUUCUGACACUCAGGAACUUGGAAGCCGCUGGUCCCCUGGCCCACCAUGCAGACUGGGACACUGAGGCCAGAGGACUUAGGAGCGUGCCAGUCAGGGUUUGGUGACCACAAAGGCACGGUUCCCAGAGGCAGGGUGGGGCUGGGAGGGCCAGGCCGCAGUGAGGCUGGGCGCCAACAGGAGAGCUCAUGGUCACCAGGACUGGGAGGACGCAGCCAGCACAGAGAAGGUGGCCAGCCUCGCUGCCUGCCCCUGCACGCCACUGCACCAGACCGAAGUGCCAACACCACACCAAGACUACUGCGGGGCAGGACACGUCGUCCACCUAGAACCUUCUCCACAGCCAGAAAGCCUAGGCCAGACCCAGGGUCCCCCAGGGACAGCAAGCCUGGGCUCUGGGCUCCCACAUGCCCAAUACUCUGUGACUACCAGUGCUACUGGCCAUCACCCCCCACAGGCAGCUCCUUGUGCACCAGACAGACAGACAACACGAGGCUGAGUUGCCCCAGCCCUGCACCUGUGGGCAGCGGCCACAGCAGCCCUCGACUCUCAGAAUGGGCCCCAGACCCUCAGACAGGAAAUAAACACCAAUGUUGAUUUGCACCUGA